AUGUUGGAUACCAUCAAAGGCAUAGAAAAAAUUGAAGACACUAUAGAUUUUGUAACAAACUUCAGCUCAAUGAGUAAUUUAAAGUUAGAUUAUCAAUCAACGAUCAAUGAUUUUAUAUAUUCCAUUGUCAAAACUUUUGCUGGCUAUUUUGUUUUAAAUGAAAAUUAUUUUAAAGAAAUAUUACCUGAAUACCAUCUAGGAGCAACAAUACAUGUUCAAAUUUUUAUGAAUUUGUUUAGGGAUAAAAACUAUAUAGUAUGA